AAAGAAGAAAAGGAAAGAAAGAGAUCAUCAAACUAGCAUCAAAAUUCUCAAGGUGAAGAUGACAGGAUUUGGAUCUCCCUGCGGAGCCUGCAAGUUCUUGAGGAGGAAGUGCGUGAAAGGGUGCGUGUUCGCGCCCUACUUCUGCCACGAGCAAGGCGCGACGCACUUCGCAGCCAUCCACAAGGUGUUCGGUGCGAGCAACGUGUCGAAGCUCCUGAUGCACCUCCCCGUGUCCGACCGCUCCGAGGCCGCAGUCACCAUAUCCUACGAGGCCCAAGCUCGCCUUCAGGACCCCAUCUACGGCUGCGUCGCCCAUAUUUUCGCCCUCCAACAACAAGUUGUGAACCUUCAAGCACAAUUAGCUUCUCUAAAGGCCCAAGCAGCUCAAGGUGGGCAUCAAAAUGGCCCCACAAACACCUCCACUCAAGAGUACAAGCCUUUCAACAAAGCUUCAACAUACCAACAAGAUGGCCCCUUCCUCUUUACAAAUGGCGAUGGAAAACUCACACCGCCGUUCUUUUCGAACAUGUCGAUCGAUUCGACGCCGACCUACGCAAACUACUACAGCAACGGGCAGUUCGAAUCCAAUUCCGCGCAAUCUUCACACGGAAAUUAUGGCGUGAAUUGCGACACGAAUGAAGAGCACACGUCCUUCGGCGACGAGGACGAUUCUUGGAGGUCGUCGGGAUUUCACGACAUGGAGGACCUCCAAUCGGUCGCCUACGCUUAUCUUCAUCGAUCCUGAGAAAUGUGGUUUACUGGAUAUCUUCAUUAAAUUUUGAUCUAUAUAUACUACUAGUUGAAAUGCAUGAAUUAAGCUUCUAUUACAGGACAUUAAUUCAUGCUAUAGCAUAGACUUAUAUAUAUAUGUGAUUAUCACCAGCAGCUCAUAAGGUGUGUCAGUGUACUGAUAAA